AUGUCGGGCGCACGGAGUAUUGCACGGGUUUACGCCGACGUGAACGAGAAGAUGGGCCGCUCGUGGUGGGACUAUGACAACCUCGUCGUCACAUGGGGCGUACAGGACAACUACGAGAUUGUGCGCAAGGUCGGACGAGGAAAGUACUCAGAGGUUUUCGAGUCGGUCCACCUGCCCACGAACCAGAAGUGCAUCGUCAAGGUGCUCAAGCCAGUGAAGAAGAAGAAGAUCAAGCGCGAGAUCAAGAUCCUGCAGAACCUGGCGGGUGGGCCCAACGUCAUCGGCUUGUUGGAUGUGGUGCGUGACAGCCAGUCCAAGACUCCGUCGAUCGUGUCCGAGUACGUCAACAACACCGAGUUCAAGACGCUGUACCCCAAGUUCACCGACUUUGACGUGCGCUUCUACAUCUUUGAGCUGCUCAAGGCGCUCGACUUUUGCCACUCGAAGGGUAUCAUGCACCGCGACGUCAAGCCACACAAUGUCAUGAUCGACCACGAGAAGAGGCAACUGCGCCUCAUCGACUGGGGACUGGCCGAGUUCUACCACCCGGGCACAGAGUACAACGUGCGCGUGGCAUCGCGGUACUUCAAGGGUCCCGAGCUCCUCGUCGACUUCCAGGAGUACGACUACUCGCUCGACAUGUGGUCGCUCGGGUGCAUGUUUGCGUCCAUGAUCUUCAGAAAGGAGCCUUUCUUCCACGGCCAUGACAAUGCCGACCAGCUUGUCAAAAUCACAAAGGUGCUCGGCACUGACGAGCUCUUCAACUACCUCGAGCGCUACGACAUUGACCUCGACUCCCAGUUCAACGACCUCAUCUCGCGCUACCCGCGCAAGCCGUGGACCAAGUUUAUCACGACCGAGAACCAGCGCUUCAUCUCGAACGAGGCCAUUGACUUUUUGGACAAGCUUCUCCGCUACGACCACCAGGAGCGCUUGACAGCAGCCGAGGCGCAGCAGCACCCGUACUUUGUACCCGUCAAGCAGGCUGCAUAA